GCCGCAGUGUUGUUUUAGCGGUCGACCUCAUUGGUGGUAUUUUACUACCUAUAUUUUACGUGUGUAGUAAAGCCUAUUAAAAUUUGUUUCCCCAGAGAAAGUUAAAUUAAUAUACAUAUUGGUGAGAGUGUUCUUCUAGUCAAUUACAAGAGUUUUGACCACUAUAAAUUAUGCCGGUGCCAAAUGAAAAAAUCAAGACAAUUAGUCAUAAAAAACAAAGACGAUGGUCACUAAUUGGAAUUUUAUCAAAAAAAAAGAAAUUGAAAAAAAGUCAAGAAAGUGUGGACUUUUGUCCAUAUGAUGGAAAAAUAAAUCAAAAAGUGGCACGCAAUGACCACUUAGAACGUUCUACUGACUGUCUUAUCGAGCAAUACACUUGUAGUCCUAGACUAAUAAGAAGAUGUAAUUCAUUACAGUACACAAAUUGCAUGUCCACGUAUGAAGAUACUAACAAUCAAUCAAAUAAAAAUGAAUGGAAAACAUCACAGCAAUCCGUGUAUAGCUCUAGUUCAAGUGCUUGUUAUAGUGAUAUUGGUGUGUAUAGAAGUUGUGGAAAUAGUAACCAAUUGUCGAAUUAUAUUAAAGAAGAAAAAGAACAGACAUCUUCAUUCUUAAAAAAUGUACCGUUAAGGUGUUCAUCUGAAAUCGGAUAUCACCAAUAUAAAACUAACUAUAGUAAAAAACCUAAAUUUUCCGUAAAUCAAAACAAAUUAAUUGGUAAAAAAAUUCCACCUCCUCCUCCGCCCAGAGAUCCUAAUAUUACAACAGUUUAUUAUUUUAGAAAUAAUAGACUCAUGUCUCGAGAAUCAGAUUCGUCGUAUUUUUCACAAUGUUCUAAUGAUGAUAUUCCGGAUAAAGUCAAGACUGAUGAGAAGGAAUGUCGAAAUGAGUAUUGUACCAAAGAACCACCAAGGAGUAGACGACCCAUUCAAAUCUGUGACGUUGAGACCUUAUCAACAGAAUCUAAAAAUCCAAUACCAAAAAUGCAAACCGUUGAAGAAUCUAUUCAAGAACUGGAAGAUAUGUAUAACAGUUUAGGAUUAAGUGACGAGGAUCUACUAGACAGAGCUGAACGACGUGACCUCCCUACAGUUCACCAAAACAUGCGAUACCAGAGUUACGACGAGCUGGACUGUAUAACUGUUAAUAGAGUUUUGCCCAAAACCCGACGAUCCGGUGUACCAGAUAUUAUAUCCGAUGAUAUGGCUUACAGAAGACUGAAUAAAAAAGAAUCAAAACGGCAAAGUUUUGUUCCAGGAAGUUUUCUCUUAGUUCUACCGACGGUUUAUAAUCUUGAUAAAACACCUAAAUCGUCAUCUGGAGAGCCUGAUAUAACACUCGAUGACGUUGUUUUUAGAAGCCAACGACAACAUCUCAAUUUCCUUAAGAUUUCUGAUCCCCAACCACCGUUUGGAAUACCUCUAGGUCCUAUCGUGGGCGCCGCUCCUACUGAUUAUUUACAUGCAGUACCUGAAGGUCGAUAUAAACCUUCGUUCCACCCUAGAAAAAUACCGGACACUGUCGAAGAUGAUUUGGCAUUUCGUUCUCUUAGAAAAGAUUAUAAGUUUAAAACUUGUAUUGAUUUUUCGUUCAUUCAUAGAAAUAGAUUCAGAAUCGACGAUCUGAUUCCAAAAUUUGAUAAUAAUAGAAUAAAAAAUGAUACACAUUGGAUUAUAAAAAAGAGACCAUCUGAUUACAACUGUUAUGAAAAAAACCAAAUAAAACUUUCAUAUGACAAUUUAGCCAAUUCUAUCACGUCUGAUAACCAAAAGAACUUGAUGGUAGUCAAAAUAAAUCAUCAUAAACCAAUUAUGCUGACAGGAUUUACUGUUAACGAAGCCAAUCAUUUAAGUAAGUCUCUAUUUUGCACGAACUUAUUACAGCAUGAGUCUCAUAAUUUAUAUUUAACGAAUGACACUUGUAUUACAAACGAUGCACCGUUGCUAAAAUUAAAAUUGAUUUAUCCAUUAUCGAACGCUUUAAACAAACGGAACGUAAACCGAUCAUUGCCCGUUGCUCAAACGUGCUCUAAAAAUCAUCACACUGCAAAUUAUGCUUCUAAGCGUCAAAAAUAUAUAGAAAAAAAAACUCCUAACACGUUCGUGCAAACCAAAAACGUUGACAAUAAAAAUCAACCAAAUUUCAGAGAGCUCAUCAAACGAGAGUACGCUCAUAGGUAUCUGCGAUCGACUGAUAACCAAUCAAAUGAUGAUUAUGAGGUAGUAAGCAAUAAACGCGUGAGAGAUGAAAAUAUCAAACAUCGAUUUCUAAAAUAUAACCAAGACGAAAAUACUUGUUCCUGUACCUCAGCUGAAAAACCGGAAAAUAUACUCUCCAUUGUCGCCGCCGAGCCGAAUAUCGAUUACACAUAUAUCCGCAGCGACGAACCUACAUCAUUGUCAUCCGUUACCUCUUCUGCAAGUAAAUCCAAAAACCCAACUGAGACUUCUAAUAAUGAACAACCUAUUAAUGAUUUGUCAUCAUCGUCAUCAUCCCUAUCGACCGCUAAUGUGCCGUCAACGAAGCAUCCAAACUGUAUGCCCAGUUAUCUGGAGGUGUGCUUAUACAUCACUGUAUAUGUUUAUCAAUUAUUUAGUGUAAACGCGUACAGCACUUUUAUAGCGUUGAUCUUUCUCAUAGCUUUACAUCUGUGUAGACGCCUUUCGUGAAGUUAUAAUACGCUCUUGUACUUAAAUAAUUGUUGUUGAAUAAUAUUUAAGCUUUUUGUCGCUUUUUUAUUUAUUUAUUUACUA